AUGCUAACUGGCAGGCCUAAUUCCAAGGCUGUUGGACCAGAUGGCCAGACCCUCAGUGCUGCAGAGGCUUUUGAGUUUGUUGGCAUCAAUUCCGGGUUCUUUGAGUUGCAGCCUAAAGAAGGCCUGGCUCUUGUUAAUGGCACUGCUGUUGGUUCUGGCUUGGCUUCCACGGUUCUUUUCGACACUAACAUUUUGGCAUUGCUGUCAGAAAUUCUAUCAGCAAUUUUUGCUGAAGUUAUGCAGGGGAAGCCUGAAUUUACUGACCACUUGACGCAUAAGUUGAAGCACCACCCUGGCCAAAUUGAAGCCGCAGCAAUUAUGGAACAUAUUUUGGAUGGUAGCUCUUAUGUUAAAGCUGCUAAGAAGUUGCACGAGCAGGACCCUCUGCAGAAGCCAAAACAGGAUCGAUAUGCUCUCCGAACUUCACCUCAAUGGCUCGGUCCACAGAUCGAAGUGAUCCGGUACUCCACCAAAUCUAUUGAGAGGGAGAUCAACUCAGUCAAUGACAACCCUUUGAUUGAUGUGUCAAGGAACAAGGCCUUGCAUGGUGGCAACUUCCAGGGGACCCCGAUUGGUGUCUCUAUGGACAAUACUCGUUUGGCUAUUGCAGCCAUUGGGAAGCUCAUGUUUGCUCAAUUUUCUGAGCUUGUCAAUGACUUUUACAACAAUGGAUUGCCAUCAAAUCUGUCUGGAGGCAGGAACCCAAGUUUGGAUUAUGGCUUCAAGGGGGCUGAGAUUGCCAUGGCAUCUUAUUGUUCUGAGCUUCAGUUUCUCGCGAACCCGGUCACUAACCAUGUCCAGAGUGCAGAGCAGCACAACCAAGACGUGAACUCUUUGGGGUUGAUCUCUUCAAGAAAGACAGCUGAAGCUGUUGAUAUCUUGAAGCUCAUGUCUUCCACAUUUUUGGUGGCACUUUGCCAAGCCAUUGAUUUGAGGCAUUUGGAGGAGAACUUGAGGAACACAGUUAAGAACACAGUGAGCCAAGUUGCUAAGAGAACUUUGACAACUGGGGUUAAUGGAGAGCUCCACCCAUCAAGAUUCUGUGAGAAGGAUUUGCUUAAAGUGGUCGAUAGGGAAUAUGUUUUCGCCUACAUCGACGACCCCUGCAGUGCCACUUACCCAUUGAUGCAAAAACUAAGGCAAGUGCUGGUUGAGCAUGCUUUGACAAAUGGUGAGAAUGAAAAGAAUGCAAGCACUUCAAUCUUCCAAAAGAUUGUUGCUUUUGAGGAAGAGCUGAAGGUGCUUUUGCCUAAAGAGGUGGAUAGUGCAAGGGCUGCAUUGGAUAGUGGAAGUGCUGGAGUUCCAAACAGGAUUACGGAAUGCAGGUCUUAUCCGUUGUACAAAUUUGUGAGGGAGGAGUUGGGUGCAGAGUACCUAACAGGGGAAGAGGUCAGGUCACCGGGCGAAGAAUGCGACAAGGUGUUCUCAGCUAUCUGCGAGGGAAAGAUUAUCGACCCGAUUCUGGAUUGCCUCGAGGGCUGGAACGGUGCACCACUUCCGAUCUGUUAG